AUGGCAAAGCAAGCGAGCGUGAGCCCACCGUCGGGGCCGGCGGCGGCGGCGGUCCCCGCGAGUGCGCCGAGGAGGCGGCGGAACACGACCACGGGGAAGGGGAUGCGGAGCGGGCCCCGACGCGCGUACCUGUACUCCUGCGCGGCACGGCGGAGCAGCUCGACAAUGGGCGGGCGGCCUAGCAGCUCCGCAGAGACAACAGAUCGCUGCAUAUCCUCCCCCUCCGCACCGACCACCACAGGCACGCACCUCGCCGGCACCUUCCCGCAGGUAGCCCCCGGCAACGCCGGCACUGGCUUCACCACGGCGCCCGACGCCACCCUACACGCCCCCGUGGACACGCACCGGAGCAGUGCCGGUCUGCAUCGAGGAGGCAGCAGUGCAGGUUUGUAG